UUUUCUCCUCUCUGUUUUUCUGUCUAUUGCUUUCUUUCUUUUUCACUUGCUUCAGCAGAAACUGCAUUCACUGGUCGUCUUCUCUCGUUUCUUCCAUUGUGUGUAAUUCUGCCUUCAUGGAGGCUCAAGACCAUGACUAUCACAAAUCCAACACAGAUCAUGUGGUUCUCAACAUGGAACAUCAAACCUUCAAACCCAAACUACCACCCUCUGAUCAUGAAGACCAUACCAAUCAAUCACUGCCCUCCCAGACCCCAACAAAAACCAAAACCCUUCGCCGCCUCAACUUCUCCAAACCCAAGUCCCGUUUUGCUGAGAUCAACUAUCCUCUUGAAGGCAAAAUCAUUCUCAAAUCUGAAGAACUCGAACCCUUAAACCCACAAGAAGAAUCCUCCUCCACCGACGAAGAAGAAGAAUGGUUUGAGAAAUAUGAAGAAGAACAUGGAGAGCAAGCCAAGGAUAGCAAAAAAAGGAAGAGAAAGAUCAAUAAGAGGGCCUUGAUUGAAUGGACAUUGUUUCUAAUCAUCAUGACUUGCUUGACAUGCUCUUUGACCCUAAACACACUCAAGAUCAAAGUGGUUUGGGGGUUGAAGAUAUGGAAAUGGUGCUUGAUGGUCAUGGUAGUCUUCUGCGGCCGCCUUCUCUCUGGUUGGGUUGUAGCAUUUCUUGUGUUCCUAAUCGAGCGCAACUUCAUGCUAAGAGAGAAAGUACUCUACUUCGUCUACGGGCUCCGUAAGAGUUUCCAAAAUUGUGCCUGGUUAGGGCUUGUUGUGGUAGCUUGGAUGCUCAUGUUCCCAAAUAGUCACAAACACAAUAGGGUCCUCAGAGGAGUUUUUCUUGCACUAAUAGCUAUCUUUGUUGGUGCCACAAUUUGGUUACUAAAAAUCUUGCUUGUUAAAGUUCUUGCCUCAUCUUUUCAUGUGACUACAUUCUUUGAUCGCAUGAAGGAGAGUGUAUUUCACCAUUACAUUCUUGAUACACUCUCCGGUCCACCUCUCGACGAGGCAGAGAGGGAACAACCGCAUAAGAGGCUCUUCCUAGAGUCGAAGUCGAUGCCUGCGAGGCUAAGGGAUCGCCACGCCUUGUUGGCGACGAGGUCUAAGCGAUUUGGGUCGAGAAGGAUUGACAUGGAGAAGUUGAAGAAGUUGAGCAUGGAAAGUAGGCCAAGUGCUUGGAACGUUAAGAGGCUUGUGAACUACAUUAGAUCUUCAGGAUUAACCACCAUUUCAAGGAUGGUGGAUGAGUUCACCGGCGGUGAAUCUGAGAUUCUCAGCGAGUGGGAGGCUAGGAAUUGUGCUCAGAGGAUUUUCAAGCAUGUUGCCAAGCAUGGUGCAAAGAGCAUAGAAGGGGAGGAUCUUCUAAGGUUUUUGAAGAACGACGAGGUUCAUACCAUAUUUCCUCUCUUUGAAGGAGCUCUCGAGACCGGAAGAAUCUCUAAAUCUUCUUUUCGGAACUGGGUGGCACAAACUUACAUUGAACGUAAAGCAUUGGCACAUUCCCUGAACGAUACCAAGACGGCUGUGCAGCAGCUUCACAAGCUAGCGAGCGCGCUUGUAAGCAUUAUCAUCGUGGUUGUUUCACUUCUUGUGAUGGGUUUGGCCACCACCAAGGUCGUCUUCGUCGUCACAUCUCAGCUACUACUUUUAGGGUUUGUGUUUCAAAACACAUGCAAAACUAUAUUCGAAUCCAUCAUCUUUGUCUUCGUCAUGCACCCUUUCGAUGUCGGUGAUCGUUGCGUUAUUGAUGGCGUACAAAUGAUAGUAGAAGAAAUGAACAUUUUGACAACAGUUUUUCUACGAUACGAUAUGGAGAAGAUAUAUUAUCCGAACUCGGUUCUUCUUACAAAACCCAUCAGCAAUUUUAGAAGAAGCCCAGAUAUGGGAGAUACUGUUGAAUUCACCAUUGAUGUCUCAACCCCCAUUGAUGAUGUUAAUGCCCUAAAAAAGGCCAUACAAGCAUACAUAGAGAGCAAACCAAAGCAUUGGAGCUCAAAACACUCGGUGCUAGUAAAGGAGAUUGAGAAUUUGGACAAGAUGAAGAUGGUUCUGUGUAUUCAACACACCAUAAACCAUCAAAACUAUGGAGAGAAGAGCCUUAGAAGGUCAGAACUUGUUCUUGAAUUGAAAAAAAUCCUUGAGAAUCUUAGAAUAAAGUACAAUCUCCUUCCACAAGAGAUACAUCUCACACAUAUCAACACCAUGGCCAUCACCAAUGCAAGGAUGAUAUAGACUUCUUCAUGUUUUUAAUUUAUGUUUCUGAGUUGUUUAAUUAGAUAAUCUUCUUAAAUAUAACUUAAGGGUCAUGCACACUCCAUGUAAUAACUUUGGUUUGACUAUGAAUUUGUGUAUAUGGAAUCUCAAAGUUGAUAACUUUAGCAAUAAUAUAUAUAUAUG